AAUACGUAUGUUUUUUUAGAUGUAUCUGUUGAUGGAGAUCCUGCUGAGAGGAUGGUAUUUGAGCUUUUCCAUGACGUUGUUCCCAAGACUGCAGAGAAUUUUCGAGCACUUUGUACAGAUGGGAGAUUGAAGUUAGGGUUUCGGUGACAGCUCUGAGAUUGAAACAUAGCUGCAUUGUUGCCCAUAUUGCUGGGCACCUGGAGAUGUUGUAUCUACCGUUGCGUGGUCCAUGGUCUUGCUAUGUACGACUGCAUGAUGUACUUGGGGACAUCAAUGGAGAUUAUGCGAAAAGGGAAUUGGGCCUACAACUGGAAAGCCUCUACACUACAAAGGAUCCUUUUUCCACCGAAUUGUCAAAGGAUUAAUGGCUCAGGCUGGAGAUUUUUCGAAGCGAGAUGGAAGUGGUGGUGAGAGCAUAUAUGGAGAGAAAUUUGAAGAUGAAUCCUUCAAGCUAACUCAUGAUGGAUAUGGGUUUCUAUCUAUGGCUAAUGAUGGUCCUCAUAGAAAUGGUUCUCAGUUCUUAAUCACUUUCAAGGCUGCACACCAUCUUGAUGGGAAGCACGUUGUGUUUGGUAAGCUUGUGCAAGGCCGUGAGACUCUAAAGAAGAUUGAGCAUAUAGGUGGUAGCGAGAAGGGAAAACCUGAGUGUAUGGUGAAAAUUGUCAACUGUGGGGAACAUCUUGAAGAUAAAAAGAAAGCCAAUAAACUGAAAGCGAAUGAGGUCUCUAUCGAUGCUGAUGAUCUUGAAGUGAAGCGGAGGGGAAAGCAUAAGAAGACUUCAAAAGAUAGAAGAAGGAAAAAGAGACGAAGAUAUUAUUCUUCUGAAUCCGAUAGUUCAUCGGAUUCUGAAACUGAAUCAUCUGAAUUCGAUAGCGACUCGGAUUCAGAUUCCGCCUCUGAUUCUUCUUCAUCAUCUGACAUUAGUUCGUCAAGUGAAGACAGGCAUAAGAAGAGGAAGAGGGUUUCUAAAAAAGGCAAACAUAGGCGUGGUAAGAAAAGGGAUAAACGGCGAGAGAAAAGGCGCAGGCGGCGUGAUAAGAAAGCGAGGCGCAAAUCAAGAAGGACAUCUGAGAGUUCCAGUGAUUCUGAGAGCGACUCUACAAGUGAAAAUAUCUCCGACGAUGAAAAAGUUGAAGCUCGAGGGUGUUCGACAGGAAAGUCUAGAAACUCAAAGUUAUCAGCAAAGAAUCAAUCUCCUUCGUUAAAGGAAAAGGUGGAAGUUAACCACGUGCAGAAGAACGGUGAGAUGACAAAUGCGCUUCAGCGAGGAGGUGAAUCACCACAAGAGAACGGAAAGCUGAGGAGUAAUGGGACAGAUACCAAGUCUGCCAGAAAUGCUGAUAGACAACCUGAUCUAGUUGAUGCUCAUCCAAGCAAAUCUAGGAGCAGAAGCACGAGUCCUAAAAGGAUCCCAAGUAAGAGUAUGAGUAUCAGUCCAAGGUGUUUGAGCAAGAGCCCUAGUGUGAGCCCUAAAAGAAGAAGUUUGAGCAGGAGUUCACAGAGAAGUGUUGAUAGGAGCCCUGCAGGGGUCCCCCGGCAGAGCAGGAGCGUCAGUCAGAGCCCAGAUAGACGAAGUGUUAGCAGCAGGAGUCCUGUUCGAAGUGUCAGCCCAAGUCCAGUGAGGAAUAGAGCCAUAAGAGACGUCACCAGGAGUCCUUCUCUUCCCCGAAGAAGCAUAAGUCGCAGUCCAGUAAGAUCCCCCCCACGAAGAAGCACUAGCAGGAGUUUGAUAAGGCCUCCUGCAAAGUCCUCGCGAAGGAGCAGUUCUAGAAGCCCUAUGAGGCCCUCGAGAAGGAGCUUAAGUAGAAGUAGGAGCCCUGUCAGACGAGCACCUAGGAGGAGCUUAAGCAGAAGUAGGAGCCCAAUUAGAAGAACACCUAGGAAGAGCCCAAGCAGAAGUCCAGGCAGGGUUCCCCCUCGGAGAAGCAUUAGCCGGAGUCCAGUUAGGCCAGCUGGCAGGAGUAACCGGAGGAGACUUUCAAAGUCUCCUGUAAGUCCUGGCUACCGGGGAAGAUCUCCUAUUCAUAAUCGUGGUAGGAGUGCGUCAAGAAGUGCUUCACCUGAUGGGUCUCCAAAGCGCCUCAGAAGGGGACGCGGUUUUAGCCAGAAGUAUUGGUAUGCACGGCGAUAUCGUACCCCGUCUCCAGACCGCUCUCCCAUUAGGUCACACCGCUAUGGCGGUAGAGGAGAUCGUGACAGAUAUCCAACCUACAGAAGCUAUCGUUCUCCUCCUAGGCGUCACCGGAGUCCAUUAAGAGGCAGAACUCCUCCAAGAUACAGAGGCAGGCGAAGCUGGUCAAGGAGCCGGAGCCUAUCACGAAGUCCUCCUCGCAACAAGGGCCGUGGAAAAGCAGACUACAGCCGUAGCCCAACACAUAGCCGUUCACCUGUUGAGAAACCUAGUUCUCGCGGUGGUGAGGGCUUGAGAUCUGAGAAGCGAAGGUCUGUAUCAAGGAGUUCGAGCAGGAGCAAAUCUGUUUCAAGGUCAUCGGGAGAUACACCUCCCCCAAAGCGUGGAGGCAAAGACGUAAAAUCUAGGUCACCUUCUGCUAGCCCUCCUGCUGGUAAAGGUUUAGUUUCUUACGGGGAUGGUUCACCUGACUCCAGUCAGCGUUAGAGGAAACAAAGACACUAGUUUAGGUAAUCUUUAUGAUGGUUAUUAGUCGUUUGCCUUUCCUACUGCAAGCUGUUCUUGUAAACAAUUUUCCAUUUAGAGGAAAUAGAAACUUUGUUAAGUGAGCAAGUCUUCAGGGUAGUUUUGACUUGUUUCCGAGAUUUUCAAUUUUCUUAUAGAUUAUAUUGUUAUUCCCCUAGAUAAAUUGGCUAUGACAUAGAGAUUUUAUAUAAUAAUACAGUUGUAGUUAUUA